GUAAUGACAACACGACAGAGAAAAUUGUAGCUGGGAGUAAAAUGACGAACAAAUGGACUGGUAAACUUGUAGGAAUCACGAUGGUCAUUCUUGUAUAUGAAGAUUCUGCUGUACACAGCAUGUCAGACUCGCAAAAAAGAGAAAUGAAGGAAACUGUUGAAGAAAUGUUUAAUCAUGCAUAUGGAUCAUACAUGAAAUAUGCCUUUCCUGCUGAUGAACUGAUGCCCUUGAGCUGUAAGGGGCGGUAUAGAGGUACAGAGCCAAGUAGGGGUGAUGUUGACGAUACCCUCGGAAAUUUUACUUUAACAUUAAUCGAUACCCUGGAUACAUUAGCUGUUCUGGGUCAAGUGGAGAAAUUUGAGACUGCUGUUAAGUUAGUCAUUGAUUAUGCCAGAUUUGACAGUGAUAUUAUUGUGUCAGUGUUUGAAACUAAUAUCCGAGUUCUGGGGGGUUUGUUAGGAGGCCAUGUGAUGGCAGCUUAUUUUAAGAGAAAGCGGCGCGCCAUGGAAUGGUAUAAUGGUGAGCUGCUAGUGAUGGCUAAAGAAGUGGGAUACCGCCUCCUACCAGCACUGAACACAACCACUGGUAUUCCUUAUCCCAGGAUUAAUUUAAAAUAUGGUAUGGAGAAAGAUAAUUUAGCACAGAGACAUAAGGACACUUGUACAGCUUGUGCUGGUACCAUGAUUUUAGAAUUUGCGGCAUUAAGUCGCCUUACGGGAGACCCGGUGUUUGAGGAGAAGGCCCAUAAAGUGAUGGACUAUUUAUGGCAGCAGAGGCACAGUUCCAGUGACCUUUUGGGAACAGUCAUCAAUGUCCACAGUGGGGACUGGAUAAGGAGGGAGGCGGGUGUGGGAGCUGGCACUGACUCCUAUUAUGAAUAUGUACUGAAAGCAUAUGUUUUACUGGGAGAUGAGAAGUACUUGUACAGAUUUGAUAGGCAUUAUAAUUCCAUUAUGAAGUACAUGAGUAAAGGGCCGAUGUUGGUGGACGUUCACAUGCAUAAACCCACAUCAUCAGCCCGACAUUUCAUGGACGCUCUCCUCGCUUUCUGGCCGGGAUUACAGGUGUUAAAAGGGGACAUCAGUCCCGCCAUUAAAACCCACGAAAUGCUGUAUCAAGUCAUUCAGAGGCAUAAUUUUCUACCAGAGGCAUUCACCACCGACUUUAAAGUCCACUGGGGACAACAUCCUCUGAGACCAGAGUUUGUGGAAUCAACAUAUUUUCUGUAUAAGGCUACACACGAUCCCCAUUAUUUACAAGUCGGGCGGUUAAUCGUGGAAAACCUGAACAAACAUGCCAGGGUGCCGUGUGGAUUCGCCGCCAUCAAAGACGUGGUCACGGGAAAACACGAGGAUCAGCUAGACUCGUUUGUGCUGGCGGAGACCUUUAAGUACCUGUACCUUCUGUUCUCUGAAGAGAGAGACCUUGUGGUACCAGUCAAUGAGUACAUCUUCACCACGGAGGCUCACCUACUCCCCCUAACUCUGUCUCUGGUCAACUCCUCCACCAUAGAAACAAAGGUGAAGACUAUGUUGUACGACGUUGACCUGGAUGGACCUUUAUUACUGGACCCUGAGGAGAACUCGGACCAGCAGACCUGUCCUAACCCCCUCCACCUCAACAAGGGAACCACCUCCUAUGCCUUCGACAUCCGCACAGAGCUGAAGGAUUACGUCAAUAAUGUCCUCUCUCCCGGAGACAGCUGUGUACGACCGAGUCCAAGGUUACAUGCAGCAGACUUCGUUAUCAGUAACAAGGAGCACCAGGAGCUGAUCAACAGAAUGGGAAUCAAGAUCUCCACCAUGAGUGACGGCAGACUGCAGCUUCUACACUCCGCUGGCUCAGCUGCUUCAAAGCAAGAUGCAGAGGAGGGAAUAGAGUUUAUGAAAGAAAUGAUUGAGUUGUCUCAGAAUGCCCAGCAUGACCAUCAGCAAGAACCAAUGACUGUACAGUUUGUGUCCAACCCAUUCCAUGGCUCAGUAUCAUUGAAAGCAGGACCCGCUCAGUUUGGAUACAACCUUAAAGUGAACCCUCCGAUUUUAGGCCAGGUGGCAAUUGUGACACCGUAUGAUGCCUGUCACACCAUACAGAACCCCCGAGACUUGGAGGGGAAGAUAGGGGUGAUAGAGAGGGGAAGCUGUAUGUUUAUGGACAAGGCCAGGCGAUUACAGGCAGCAGGUGCUAUUGGGGGGAUUGUCAUCGAUAAUAACAAGGAGAGUACAGUGGAGUCGAGUCUGUUAUUUGCGAUGUCCGGUGACGGCCAGUCAGACGUAGUGAUCCCUAUCGUCUUCCUGUUCUAUAAAGAGGGACAGAGGUUACUGGACGCGGCUUACGAGUACCCAGACCUGGAGGUUCUACUGACAUACACGGCUAAAAGUGAUGUGGUUGUCAACACAGCCAAUAGUGAAAAUGUAGAACAGAAAAAGGAAGUCUCGGAGGAAAUCCUCUCCACCGUACGAUUGGAAGCUCCACCUUCCACAGAAUCCAGCCAGGGGGGGAGUUCCCAUAGUGACGAAGCUGCAGAGAGUUCCCAUAACAACGAAUCCGCGGAGCUGAACACCCACGCCACAAAACAUGUCCAAUCUGUGGAGGCUUUAGAAUCUCUAGGAAAAACUACAGACGCAUAUAGCUGCAGCACUCAGUAUGGCCCCGUAUUUUUGUCUGUUUUUGCCACCACUCUUCCAGGGGAGAAUACCCUGACAAUAAUGCGCAAUAUGGAUAACACUGUGGACCUGAGGUUUCAUCUUUUCCAAGUCACAGAAAACAGAAAACCAGAAAUAAAUACUUUAUAUGUGGACAUUGUAGAAAUAUUACGCCACAGAACUAACUUUCUAAUGCUAGAAAAGCAAGAGGAAUAUUUAAUAGCUCUAGCCCGAAUGCUGGAGGCAGCCAUUUUUCAGGUUGAUAUGAGCCAUGAUACAGGGCAGAAUAUGUUAAAACUGACUGGACUUCUCCAAGUAGAAGAGGACUCCAUUAUAAUCUCAGGGCAUAAAGAUGUGACCAACGGUGCUUCUAAUUUAUACAAUUUACAGAACAAAGACAAAAAUCAAAGCUUUACGUGUAAGAGGACUAAUCCAUUACUGAAAUAUAGGGAAAGACAUUGCCCACUCCAGAAAAACAGCCUAGUGACCAAAGUGGGCAGUAUAAGACAUAAACAAGCCAGCGAUGGAGUUUGAUAUAUUGAAAGGAUAUAGUUUAUUUGUAAUCUAUUAAUUGUGCAACAUCAUUCUGGAAGAUUGACAAGUUAGAAAUAAUCAAAUAAAUAGCAUGUCAAUUUGCUGGGAUAUUUCAAACAAUUUAAUUUAUUAAUUGGCAUUCUUUGAAUAAUAUACAUUUGACGAUUGGUAUCUGGAUGUAUCUAAUGCAAGUGGUGAUUCAUAUACACAAUAAAUCAUGUUUAUAAUCAAGUGCCAGGGACAAACAAUUACGUAAAAUUGUAAUUCAUUACAUCUGUUUUAUUUAUUACAAGUUUUUUUUCAUAGGGAAUAGAUAUCACUGUUCUGUAAGCAUGGAUUAAUUAUAGGGAUUUUGUUAACUGCAACUGUAAUGUGUAAUAUCAGAAACAGAACAAAAUACCACAAAAGUAAUUUUGUUAAACAUUUUGUCUUUGGUUGAUUAUUUGUCCCAUGGCAUGUGACCUGGGUAGAAAUACUGACUGUAAAUGUUAUGUUCUGUAACAAUUAUUUUUAUAAGUGCCUAUACGUUGUGAACAAUCAAGACAUAAGUUUUGUAUGCUGUGUAGGUAGAUGUUGACCUGUGAAUAGAUAUCCAUAAACAGUGAAACUUUGACAUUCUUUCAAGAUUACUAGCUUUACCAUUGUUGAGCACCCCUAGUCGUUCUGGCUUCUCUACCUAGCAGCCAGAUGGACUGUCAGUUUUCCAAUGAUGUAGCUUUACUUGAGUUUUUUUUUAAAAAAAGAGUUGGUGCAUUAUAUUUCAUUUUUAUAAAGCGUUUCAUUACAUGAUGGUGGAACAUAGGUGUAAAAUUUGAUGUUGUCCCUUGUUUUUAACAUAAAAUGUUUCUUUGCUUAUAAAAUAUGAUUUUUUUUUCAAUUAAUGCAUAAUUCAUUUAAUUCU